AAAAAGCAGAAAAUUGUUUUUCGAAAUCAGAAGCAAUAUAUUUUUUUUGUGCGUAGAUAAAAGACGAAAAUGUUAAUGUGGAAACCUCAAAUUUUGCUGUUGCUGGUGUUGAAUUGUUGCAAGGGUGCACCGGAUUAUGGAAAACCAAAAUGUCAUUAUGAAUAUGACACAGUUUAUGAUACAGUCUACCACACAGAAUAUUCAAAGAAAUGCGAGACAAAGUACAACACCAAGUGUCACAAAGAAUUUGAUGUGAUUUACGACACAAAAUAUCGACCAGAGUGUCACACCGAGUACAUAGAGCACUGUUACACCGUGUAUAGUACAAAAUUUAAUCAGCAAUGUACUGAUGUUUACGAUACAAAAUGCCAUACCUCGUACACAACUAAUUACGAGACCAAAUAUGAUAAAAAAUGUCGAGUAGAACAUGAAGAAAACUGCCAUGGAUAUGGAUAUCAUAAAAAGUGCAAUAUUUAUCCUAAAGAAUAUUGCCAUGAAGUGCCUAUCCAGGUGCCAGUGAAAGUACCACAUAAAGAAUGUCACGACGUGCCUAAAAAGCACUGCAAAUACGUUCAGGAAAAAGUGCCACAUCAGAAGUGUGAAAAGCAUCCCAAGAAAGAGUGCCAUGAUGUGUCGUAUAAAGUGCCGAGACAAGUUCCACGUAAAGCGUGUCAAGAAGUUCCUUAUGAGCACUGUAUAAAAGUGCCCCACCAAGUAGCUAAGCAAGUCCCUAAGCAGAAAGCUCACGAAGUUUGUGAAGAAUCCUAUCAUGGAGGUCAUGAAGGCUAUGGAGGUCACGGCGGUCAUGGUGGUCAUGGUGGUCAUGGAUACGGGCACCAGGGUUAUGGAGGAGGAUGGUGAUAAGCGACUUUAUAUAGUGAAAACCAGAAAGUUUAGUGCAGGGUUUAUCUAUUGUUGGCCAUUUUUGUUCAAUUGGCAUUAAUAAUAGACACCCUGUACUCUCGACGAUGUGCAAUAAUCAAUGAAAUCCAAAUAUCUUAACACAUACUUUUAUUUAAAGAUUACAUUAACAAUCGAAUUUUGUCAGGGCUUCUUUUGAUUUUUUUUGUAAAACAUACCCAAUUAUGCUUGUUAAUUUCUGAGUAUGAGAACAAUAUAUAUUUCAUAAUUUCAGUGACGUUAUGCUUUUAUUAUAAAAUAACCUGUCAAAGUAAUUCUAAGUAACACCCCUAAAAAAGCUUUUGGGCUGAUUCACAAUGAUAUUUUUUCAUCUUUACAUGAGCAACAAUAAGAUAUUGAUAUAGUUGUUUGUUCUCUUUUAAAACUAUUUAAAUUUUCUCAAUUUCUUUCAUUAUCUCUACUUCAUAAACCUGCAAUGAUACGUUUAUAGAGACUACAAUUGAAAACUAUAAACCUUCAAUCAGAAAAAAAUAAAUUUGUCAUUUUUGUUAUGGCAUAGAAUCAAAAGGUGCCACUGUUUAAAUAGGGUAUCACUUGAAAUUACGUGUACAGAUCCUUAACUAACAUAAAUUUUAUUUUGUUCUUAUUUUUGUAUCCCAACAUUUUAUAUUUACAAAGCUUUUAACUUGUCUUUUUCUUUAUCUUUAUUUUUCAAUUAUCUCCGAGUUACAGGUUUUUCAUUUCAGACUUUUAUAAAAUCAUUUUUGUAUAGCUGCUUGAAUAUACAGAGCUCUUAUCAAAUAUUUGGCUUUGGUAAUAUCAGAGUCGUCUUUUGUCGACGCGGCAGUAAUUUAAUAAUCUUACAAAGGAGCUGAUUACUUGCCUCAGAUUUAAUUCUUAAACAGACGUCCAAGUCUAGGUCUAUAUUAAGUAAAAUAGAUAUACAUAGUUUGAAAAAAUGCAUGUUUACGCCAUCAGGUUGCUAAGAUUAGAGCAAACAAUAACCCGCGGUUUUUCUAUUGCCUUUAAAUCACGAAAAUGCAUUUUUAACAAAAUUACAAUUUUCCUGUUUUUUGAAGCGCCCUGUCUGUACUCAUUAAACUUAACUAGUUGUAAUUGGCAUUAUUGCUGUCUUCCGGUUCUUCCGGUUCUCCGGUUCUUCCGGUUCAGCCUUUAAACUCUGUUUUGAUUAUCUAUAUUUGAUAUAAACUGCAUGGCAGCAGAUGUUUCCAGUUAUCAAAGAUCUGUGCAAUACACUUGCUUAACUGACAUCUUAA